CAGGCUACUGACGAGCAAAUAUUUCAGGCUGCGCGUCGCCUGGUAGCGGCUGAGAUCCAGGCCAUGACAUUCCGCGAAUACUUGCCUUCGCUGUUGGGGGGCACCACACACAUCCCUCCUUAUCAGGGGAACAACGACACCAUAAACGUGGGUAUGAGCAAUAUGAUGUCAACGGCAGCCUUCAGGUAACAAACGCAUUCUUAUUGUUUAUAUUUUGUUUGAAUAUAGAGUUGAAAUAGGCCCUCUGUAAUUAUAGAGUGCGCUUUGCUAGGGCUUCAUUUCCUGUAUCUCACCCCGCUGACCUAGACCACUGACGGCAAAAAAAGAAAAAAAGCAUAUAGAAUUGCACUAACCUGCGCACUGAGAAAACGAAGGCGUUAUGUCUAAAGGAACAGUGGUGCUUUAUCGGCCGGCAGGGAGGUGAAAAAUGAAAAUCGCCUUUUUGACCUCUUAAAAAAAGUAAUAUCAAAAGUAAAAUUCUCAUUUGUUUUCCCUAUACAUUUUCUUUCAACACAAAUAGUGGGAGAAUUUGCUGAAAUAUCAAUUAGAUUCAUUCAUUCUGUGAUCAUGUGCUCAAUUCUAAUGACCACUCUGUUUUAUAAAGCAUUCAUGAUAUUGCGGAUCACUCUUAUUAGGGCUGAAAGGGUUAAACUGAGAUUAUGGCAAACCCAACAGCUGACACAGCUUGGAUCACAGCGGUUUAAAUGUAUUGCUAUUUUUACCUGUAGAUUUGGCCACAGUCAGGUCAACACUCACUUGUGGAGGUAUGAAGAGGAUGGCACGAUGUCUCCGUAUGGACACGUUUCUCUGAGAGACGUUUUCUUUUCUCCUGAAAGAGUUAAGAGGGAGGGAGGACUGGACCCUCUGUUUAGAGGAGCAGUCAGGCAAGCAGCUCAAGAGGUCGAUUUAAAGGUUUGUAGUGUGACAGACAUGGAAUUACUGUGUUCACCAGCAGGAACACAUCAGACCAGUUUUUCCAGUUAGUUAUUACCUUACAAUCACAAAUCUUGGUAAAAAGUAAAACCUGGGGCCCCGGUUGUUCAAAAGAAGGAUAGUGUUAUCCGCCGGAUAAAUCGCUAUCCAGUGAGCCAGUAUUAGGAAAGCCAAUAGCAUUAUCCGAUAGAUAAUGAUUUAUCCCGUGGAUAGCACUAUUCACCUUUUGAACAACUGGGGCCAGGAGUUCAGUUGUAAACUUCUCUCAUUUUUCUCACUAACUAGGACAAUUAGACUCUUGUUUUGAAGAACGGAUUUUCCAAUUAAUUUUGUCACCAAUGGCACAUCAUCAUCAUCGUAGUUGUCGUUGUCGUCGUUACCAUCACCACCGCCUCUUCCACCACCAUUACCACCACUACCACCAUCAUAAUCAUCAUUAUAAUUAUCAUCAUCAUUAUCAUCAUCAUCAUCUUAGUUAUGCUACAUAUCGAUCGAUUCAGUGUCAUUGUCAAGGAAACCGUUACUGUCACUAUUUAAGUUAGCGUCAUUGGCAACGUAAUUAAGUCCUGAAAAAGUACCAGAACCAGCUCACACCCGAAAAUUUUAAAAGACCUUGCUGAAAGGCGGAGAACAAGUGCUGGCCCCGUUUUGAGUCACUAAUCACAGUCCGCUGAAACUAUUACCACUGCCAACCAACUACCUUAUAUAUGUUACACUGAGUUCUUCCGAUGGAAUCUUGAGCCAUUGUACUUUGCCAAUUAGUUGACAAGGACUAUAGCCCAUAUUAUCAAUCAUUAUUUCUAAUCAUAAGAUAAAGAUAAUUCUAAAGUUUUGAUUGUUUUACAGAUGGUUGACGACAUGAGAAAUGUCUUGUUUCCUUCUGGUCGUGGCCUUGGUUCAGAUUUGGCGUCGAAGAAUAUCCAGCGUGAAAGAGAUCAUGGUUUACCGGACUACAACACAGUGACAAAAGCUCUAGGUUUAAAAGGUAGGAAUUAAACUGACUCUAGGCUACUGUUCUAGACAGUCUGUGUCAGUAAGUCUGUCGGUAAGUCUGUCGAGCGGACGGUCGGUAACAGGUUGGUCCACGAUUCAUUAACCUGGUGACUGAAAAUAAAAAACCAGUAGCCCAUCACUAGGGUCAUAGACUGCUGAAAUGACUGACUCCUUAUCUUCGAUUCUGUUUGUCUCCUUGAGGGUUAACCAGUUUUUCAGAGAUCACCAAAGACUCCGAGGUUGCAUCGAAGAUGAAAGACCUUUACCAGGACAUAAACAAUGUUGACCUGUGGGUAGGAGGAUUGGCUGAAGACCACGAAGAUGGCAGUGACUUGGGGCCAACGUUUAGAACGUUAGUGCAAAACAAUUCUUUUUAUCUCUCCCCUUUAUGGUUUCUGAUUUUUUGCGUACAUAUGGUCUUCACAAUUGAGUCUAGGGGGCUAAAAACGCAUUGA